AUGGCAGACCCUCAGGGAAUCAGCGAGGAGAUGAGCACCCUGCCAGCGCCAGACGCUAGCGGGAACGCGUACGGCACCUUCAAGAAGGACGGGAGGACGAGCGACGACGCCAUGGCUAACGAGACUCAGAGGUUGGCAGGCGGGCCAUGGUGGAGGUUCAUUGACGGUUUUUGCACUAGUUCCGUUAGGGAUGACAACGGCGACGACGAGUGGUCCAAGGUCCACUGGAGUGUGCUCCUAGUUGCUCUUGCUGCUGUCCUCGCCUUGUGCCUCUUCCUCAUCUUCGGGCUCUCACAACCUGCCAAGAAGAGCCCUCCCCUCGCGAUGCAUCACGCCAAGUCCGCACUCAACAAGUUCACUGUCAAGAGAGCAGCAGCUCCUUCAGCACCGUCGACAACGGCAACGCCCAACGGAAAGGCUGCCGCUAGCUCAAGUGCCGCGGAGGCGAAGCAGGGAGGCCUGACAGAGCAGCAAGAGGCCAUCAUGAACAAGAGAAAGGAGAGAAGGGAGGAGGAGAAGAAGGAAGUGCAGGAGCUGCUGACUGUCAGGCCGACCGACUCACCUGAGGUGCGCAACUACAUCCAACGAGCGGAGCAGCAGCAGACCAACGUUGCGUUCCAGCGAGAGCGAGUGACGGUUGCCGAGAACAACCUUGUUCCGUUGCAACAGGCUGUGAAUCAGCGUCAGGUCAUGCAGCUUCCUUUCUCUACUGUUUUGAUGUUUGGCGAUGUGAUGGACCUCGUGGCAGCAUAUGAUGCAGAGAAUCAGCAAUAUCUGUCAUGGAAGAAAAGGAUGGAUCAAGACAAGGAGGAGCUCAACGGGAUUGUCAACAGUAGACAAGAGAUUGACAAACGUCUUGCCCAGCUGAAAGUUCUCGGACGGCGAGAAAAGGACAACAUGCCGGAUUCUCAAAGUUCUCGAUCUCAGGGAGUCGCCCUCCAGCAGAGCGAUCGCUUCUCCAAGCUGGCAAGGCAGACGAUCCGCGCGGAGAAAGAUGACGAGGAAGAGAUCGCCCGCCAGAAAAUGUACAUCCAGCGACAGCAGCAGGCAGCGAAGGACGGUAUGGUGCAGUCCCAGGAGUUGAUGUCAAGGACAACUGGACUGGAAGAAACCAUAGCACGGUUGACGCCGGUUGUUGACGGCUUGUACAAGGAAUACGAGACAUCCAAGAACGCAAAGAUUCAAUCUGGGAUGGUGAAGCUGGAUGAACAGAGACAGGCCGCGAGGACCGAGCUGAACAAGUACAUCAGAGAGAGGGAGAGGAUGGAGGAGCUUCCAAAGACGCCUGCGAGGGUCAAGAAGAUCCAAGACGUCUCCAAGAAACUCGUUGCUGCCCAGAAGAAACUUGGGACGUUGUACUCG